CCUGCCCCCUCGCGCUGCCCCCCCGCACACUCCUCCUGGCUCCCCACCCCCUCUUCCUUCCCCUCUGCCCCACACAUGCUCUCAAGUGCUUCCGCCCUCCCCCACAUGCACCCUCUGCCCCCAGGUGCACCCUCUGGUUGUGCCCUGCCCCGUGUUUCUGCCCCCACGUGCAUCCCCUUUACCCCACAUGCACCCUCUGGAUGCCCUCUGCCCGCUCCCCACACGCACCCCCUCCGUACCCUCUCACUGCCCCAUUCCCCCUCUUCCCCUAGGCACCAUGCGCCAGACUCCACAGGACAGCAUGCACUGCAGGAAGAAGGUGCCCCCGCACCAGCUCCCAAAUACUUAUAGAAUAUUUAAUACUGAUAUACCAGAAGUAAACAUGAGAAUAGAAAAGGUCAACAGUGAAUAUAUACCUAAAAAGAAUAAACAGUCUUUCCAGCACUCGUAUUUACCAGAGUGGCGCAAUAAUCCCCAACCACGUUAUGCAAAAUUAAUUAACACCAAUGUAAGGUUCUUAAAUGAACCAAUAUACUAUAUGGAAACAGAAGGCACAGUGGCUAAAAAGCAUCAUUGGUGGCCAAGUGGGGAACCAUGUGUAUAUCAUUAUAGUCCACCUUACGACAGACAGAGCACUCAAAGAAAUGAUUUCCAGAAGCCAACCUGUACAUUGUCUUCUCCAACUAAAUACAGCAGUAAACUACAGCCUUCCUGUGGAAUAGUUCCACUUGCAAUGCCUAGAACAUCAACAAGCCUUCCAAAAAUUUUACAGGAGCGGACCUCCUUUAUUCAUCAGUACAAUGCCAGAAAAUCUCCUAAUGAACCCAUCCGAGGAAAGCGACAUGGAGCUUUUGUGUGGACAGAGAUAAAACCAGUGAGUGGACCAAUAGUUCCUCAGGGAACAGAAGUUUUCCUGAGUGCUAGAGGGUCAGGCUCACUGGAACAGCCAAAAACAGAGAAAGGAAACUCAGUGGAAAGCCAAAUGACCUCACCCAGUCUCUGCCUGCAGAAUUCCCAGGAGACAUUAGGCUGUGAAACUCACUUAUCAAAACCAGACGUCAGAGAAGCAGCCAAGGCAUAUCCCAGAAUCCCUGUGAGAGCACAGAAGAGUUCAGACAUUUCUCAGGCAACUGAAGUGGAUGUUAUCCGUCCUGCUGGGGAAGAGUCUUUAUGUCCAGCAAUGAAAGGUCCUCUAGAUAAAUCUCUGGAUAAGUUACCUCCCGCACAUAAAAACAUAUGAAUCACUGAUACCACCAUCAGUCACUAAAAUGAAGAGAGCCUAGAAUCACUGUGCAAGCUAAUGCAUUUGCUUGGUCUAAUAUCAAUAAUACUAAACACAAGCUAACAAUUCACUGGUGUCAGCGGGAACACAGUACUCCUUUGACAACACAUCAGCUGCACUGUACUUUGAUGUUUGUAGAAAACUAUAUGCCUAUAAGAAUUAUGGGUUGGUUUUUUAAGGUGGAAUUGAUUUUCUUGUUAGGCUGAACACAAUCAUCUUGAUCAUAUAUAUUCUGUAUUAAGUCUGAGUUUGAGUUAAUUAACACUUUUGGGUGUGGAAGUGAUUAUGAUUCUUGAAAAUGUACUUUUUUUUCAAUAAUAGAAACACCAGUUACAAUAUUUGGUUUUAUUGCUGUUAUUUUAACAUAUAUAGUUGUGACAUGCAUUAUCUCCUUGGAUGCUGCACUCUGUGGGGUAUGAUUUCACACACCAUAUGGUGUCAGCUUGUGAUAAAUGGAAACCAUUGUGCUUCCAUAGGAAACAAUGGCAGUCAAGAGAGAGAAUUUGCUAUAGCCCACAGGAAUGCAAAAAUAAUGUGUAUUGCCACUCUAAACAGUUAACAAGGACAAUUUUGGAGUAAACCCUUUCUUUCUUUUUGGGAGCAAGGAGGACAGGCAUUUUCUUACAGACUUGUGCUGCUGUUCUUGUCUGAGUGUGUCACACGUCAAAAAUGCAAAAGAAAUCUGAAUUACUAUACGCUUUUCCCCAAUACUAGAGAAAAUCCAUUAAUCCAGAGACUGAUGGGUAAACUUUUAUUGAUUGGACUAUUUCCCUAUUUUUUUUCAUGCUGCAUCGUCUUAUGAUUUCCAGUAAGAAUUCUCCCAGUUACACUCUUAAGGAAACACAGAAAGUUUAGGCUUGAGUUAUA